ACAGCCGGUGGAGAAAGGUUCCGGGGGGAGCUUUAGUUCCGAGAGGCUCCUCCGCGUGAGCCGCCGCUGCCGCUGGCUGGGCUGCCACAAUGAUCCCGAUCUCGGUGGUGGUGUGCGUGCUGGGGGGCUGGUGCGCCAUCUACCUGGCGGAUACGCUGCUCAAGUCAUCCAGCUCUUUGAAGGCAUCUUAUGAAGACUGGUUGGUGAACUAUGGUUUGAGUGUCUCUCCUUUUCACAUGCGAUGGCAAACAGCACUCUUCAACCGGCAGUUCUACAACUGGGGGAGGUGGAAACCCAGAUUUCUGUAUUUAUGGUUCAGCAUGGGAAUGGUAUUUGGUAUAGCUGCUAUGUUUGGCUCUGUGAUUCUUCUUGGAAAGACGCUGAUGCAAACACUGACACAGAUGUUGACUGAGGCACCAACAGCCCCGAAUGAUCGUAUGCUGCAAGUAGUGGUGCCUGGUGUAAAUUUGCCUGUCAGCCAGCUGACCUAUUUCUUCUCUGCAAUCCUCAUCAGUGGUGUGAUACAUGAAGUCGGCCAUGGGGUGGCAGCUAUUCGAGAACAAGUACGAUUUAAUGGAUUUGGGAUUUUUAUCUUCAUUGUCUAUCCGGGCGCAUUUGUUGACCUCUUCACAACCCACUUGCAACUAAUAUCCCCAGUCCAGCAGUUAAGAAUAUUUUGUGCAGGAGUGUGGCAUAAUUUUGUUCUUGGUGUUGUGAGUUUCAUGGUUUUAUUUCUGCUGCCAGCCUUUCUUUUCCCUUUCUAUUACACGGGUGUUGGGGCAUUUGUCACUGAAGUAACAGAGGAUUCUCCUGCCAAUGGACCAAGGGGUCUUUUUGUGGGAGAUAUUGUCACUAGUCUACAAGACUGCCCAAUUUAUGGUGUAGAAGACUGGAAUUCCUGUCUGGGAGACUUGUCACAGAAAUCACAGAUUGGCUACUGUAUAAAUGCAGCCACUCUACAGCAACUAAGCUUUCCAGCAAGAGUCUACAGAAGACUCGAUGGCACGGUUGAAUGUUGUAGUAACAAUAGCCUCACAGACAUUUGCUUUUCGUACAACACAAACUUGGACAGUCAUCGGUAUGCCUGUCUGCCAGCACGAAAAGUUAUUGAGGCCAGCAAAGUUUGUCGAACCAAUGCAGACUGCCAGAAGGACUUUGUUCCAAGCUUUUGUGUGACUCCUUCUUUAGAGAAUCAAACAAGGCUAAUCAGGGUAAAACAUCCACCCCAUAUGGACAUGCUGUUUGUAGGACACCCCAUGCACCUUCAGUACACAGUAAGUCUCAGCAGUUUUGUACCACGACAUAACUUUCUAAGCAUCGAUCUGCCAGUGGUGAUAGAGACAUUUUGCAAAUACCUAAUUUCACUGUCAGGAGCACUGGCAGUUAUCAAUGCUGUACCCUGCUUCGCUUUGGAUGGUCAGUGGAUAUUAAAUUCUUUCCUGGAAGCCACUCUGAGCUCCUUGAUUGUAGAAAAACAGAACAGAGAACUUGUUGGCUUUUUAAUUUUGCUUGCUGGGAGUACACUUUUGGCUGCCAAUGUUGCACUGGGACUUUGGAUGGUUACAGCACGAUAGGACACUGGAUAUUCAUCAGUUCUUCUAUUACAUGGACAUAAUGAAUCCAAUGCCUUUUAAAACUUGUUCAGUACUCAGAUUGAAAUAAUUCCCUUAAAAUGACAUUGGAAAAACAAUCACCAGAGGCUCCUGAUGUAACUUAAAUCUGUACAGUGUUGUGUCUGUGGUCUUGGGAAGAAUAAGAGAAAGAAGCAAGAACCUUCUAAUGUACUCUUGAAGUGCUGUAUUAAUUUUAGAGAAGUUCCACUGUAAAGCUUCACAGCAAAAAACCUGAUUUAUUAUCUUAAAUCUUAGAAUAAGGGAAUUAUUUGGCCUCAGACGUUUGUAAAGUGGAAAGAGAAAACACCUAGAUCUUAUUUUAUAAUUUGAAUAAUGUAAAAAAAACAAAAGUGUGGGUGUGUCUGCUUUGCUUCUUAAUCUGAUGUUCUACCAAGUGGGACUCUUAGAAGCCCCAAAGUCUUCAUCUCAAAAUGGUGUAAAACUAAGUAAAUGAUUGCCCUGUGUUAAUGAGAAAGAGGCCGUAUGGAUUAGUAUCUUUCCUUUACAGCUGGCCAAAAUGACCGGAAGCAUGUUGUCCUCAGGAUGUAGAUGUGAAGUGCCAAUGUCUUUUGAGAACGAGGUAUGUGGGAGGAUAACAAAGCCCACGUGUCUGUGUUACUUAUGCAUUUGGUUGCAUAUUAUUGUGCACAGCUGAAGAUUUUGUAAAGGCAAUAUUUGUCAACAAUAGCUAGACAAUAACUGAAAUUUAGCUUUUCAGUGCUAUAGAAUGCUGUGCAAAAUUAUUGCUAAGUGAUAAUAUUUGUGUCCCUUUACUCAGAAAAUAAUAUUGCGUACAGUUAAAAGUGAAAUCUGUUGUUUUUAUGGUGUCUGUCUUCUGAUGCCGUGCAUGCUGUAUGCCUGAUAACUCACUGAUAUUUCUCUGUCUUUCAACGGGUUGCUCUCCUUUGCUGUAAUUGAAGUGCUGUUGAAGCUGCUUUGGGAUCAGGAUUGUUUAGAGGAAGAACAUGAUUCUGAAUCUAAGUAUUCCAACAUUUGGUUUUGCUUUCUGAAGUUAAUAUGGACCAUAUGUUUGUUUUUAAAUGAGAAGUGGAAGAUCAAACUGUUUUGCUGACUCAAGUAUGUCUGACAUACUCUGAAGCCCUUUAAGUCUGUAAUGUUUGGUGCCUCAGUGGGAUUGUACACUGACCGUCGUGUCCUCCUAUUUUAUGUAAAUCAGAUUUAUUGAGAUGCUUGUCUCAAUACAGGCUGAUAUUUCAAAUAAUGUUGCUUUGGUUUGGAAGCCUACAUAUGUGAAUUAUAGAGGUUUUGGAGAAUAAUCUGCAGCUUCUAUCCCAUAUAGUGCUCCCAAUAGGAGCUUCUGCAGCUCAGAGUUCCUUUAACAAGAUGGCCUUUACAUUCAUGAACUUAAGUGGAAGCUAAGCUAAUGGGUACUGGCCUGCAGAGAGUUGUGAAGCGUUCAUGAUCAGCUAACGCAGAUUAUCUUGGUGCUAGAGCUUUAAGGGUAAUUUUAACAGCAGGGUUGAGCCCUAUUCCUGGUGCUGCUGCGUGGAUUCAUAACUCUGAUAUUAACAUUUGCCUACUGAUGCAUUACGGUAUUUUUGCAAAGUAGCCUUCACAUAAGCUGGGCCUCCUGAGUUCACCUCUGUGGGAUGGCAGGCCUGUGCCUCUGAUUUUCAGUUGUUUCAGCCUAGGCAUCAGAAUAAAUCCUUCAGCCAAUUCAGCAUGAGUUGGUCCUCCCGGGGACUUCAGAAGUCAUCAAGUGCAGGAAAGGAAAACAAAACUAUUAGAAACUGCCAACUGGCUUCUUCAGGAGCCACUCGGAAAAGGCUAGCUCACUGUCGCUUUCAGUAACUUGCAGAAGAUUCAGAGUAGCAGUUUCUGAUGUGCCUUUCUUCCCUCUCUCCACAAGCAGCAGUGACAUGAGCAGCCUGGUUGUUACAGAGUCUGGCUCUGAAGUGAUGCUCUAGAAGACUGUUCAUUCACUUGAGUAGCUGCUUACUAGUCUGAGCUCUUCUUUUCAAGCACCCUGCCAGUUUCCACUGUCUCUGUUUCUUGUCCAAUCGAUAGUGCACAAAAUGAAUUUGCACUCUAGUGCAAUUUAUUAAGGCAGGAUAUUAACUUUUCAAAAAGGGUACUGUUUAUGUAUCAGAGCCGCAGUGCUGUCUUAAUUUCUAGAAGAAUAACAAAUGCAUCUGCAGUGAUUUCAAAAAUAUCCACUGAAAAACAUUUCAAGGUUGAUAAUUUAUAUAUUCAUGCUGACUCCAGCUGCUUGGGAUGAUCUGUUUAGCAUAAUAACUCCUCCUGGAGAUGGAAGAGAAGUUGUUUUUAAAUAAUACACACAUUGCAUCUACUAUAUGGGUGCUAGCAGAUUGUUGCUGGUUAUCUAAUGUGCUACCAAAACAUGGUUUAACAAACAAAACAUCCUAUUGAUUUCACUUUUUGUGAUCUCUGAAAACCAAACUUGCACUACGUAGAAUUUCAAUCUGUGUUUGACCUCAUAAUCAAAAUGAAGGUAGAGAAGACCUGUUUGUCAUGGCUUUACCAAAAGAGACAAGCUAGUACACCAUUAAGGCUCUGGAUAACCUCUGUGGUAGAGGUAAGUGAUGUAAGGGUUUAAAAAUAAUUCAUGGGUCCAUUUCUCCAUUCUACUGCAUAGGGUUUGAUUUAGGUAGGUGUAGGCACUUUGAAUCAAGGGUUUAAGCAAACUGAGAUCACUUUGGUGACCCAGCACAUACCUUAGAUUAACUGUGGAAAAAGGUAAUAGCUAAGGUGGACCACUCUCUGAAGAAAAAGUUGUUUAGUGGAUCUGUUUUAUUAUCCUACAAUCCUAAUGUGUGGAUUGCAUUCUGUAAAGCAAGUGCCAUUUUUUACUUACAUACAGUAAUUGGGAUGGUUGGUUUUGUUUUAUGUUGUUUUUACUGUUCUGUUUGUUUGUUUAGCAAAGGAGAGCACAGAAGGGCACAUCAUGUUUUGUGGGAUGCCUUUUUACUCUGAGUUAUUUGCAGUGUUUCUUCUAUUUAUAUUUUUGUAAAAAUUAAAAAGCAGUCAUUCUGUAAAAUGAGAUCUUUUUCACUUCUCAUAAUUAGCCUCCCAGAAUAGAGCUUAUUCUUUAAUAAAGAAUAUAUCAGUAUCAUUAUAGGGGUUAUUUACUCAAGUGUAAAACAGAGCACUCUUAAUGAUUGGAUGAAUACUACUAUUUAUGUACAUAUGAUCCUUUUAAAAUCUGUAUCAGAUGGAAAAAGUAAUGUCAACAUUGGGAAGUGUUGUACAUAGUUUUUACUUGAAACUUGUCAGAAUUCUAUAAUUGUAAUCAAUUAUUGUUCUGAUUUGUUGUUUUUUUGUUGUUGUUUUUUUAAGGAGACUUUCUUUUAAUAUCAGCAAAGGCUUCCAUAGCACGAUCUGAUAACGCAUGGUGUGACAAUGAUAACAGGUAACUUCUUAGAACGUAGGAUGUUACACACUCAUUGCUAGCUUUGGAAAUUCAAACCAGCUUGCUUCCUUAUAAGUUAAAUCAAAGAAACUUUCCUAUGGAAAUUGCAGACAAACAUGCAGAUUAUUCAUUCCAAAGUUAUGAGCUGGAGUUGGAAAUGUGUCAACUCACUCUUUUAUUACAAUGAAACAAUCAACUGUAUCUACAAUUACGUUUUUUAGUGGUCAUUCUGAUUUUUUGUCUAUGUGUGCGUGUAUAUAAAUCCAUGCAGUAGAUACAUAUAGAGCCACAGUCUGUAUUUCUGCUGUUCUAGAGGUAACAGAGCUAUCCUCCAUGUUCUGCAAUGCAGGCAUUUUUCUUUCUCUUUAUGAAUUCCCUGACUUUUUCUGGGUUUUGAAACUGGAGCUGUGCUCUCCUCCCAUACCUGAUCUGUAGGGAUUUCUUAUUAAAACACGUGUGAUGGACACAGUGUAAACACAGCUGCCUGAGUUUGAUUCAGCUGACGUUCAAAACACAUUUCCUGCUUUCUGAGUAGCCUCAGCUAUAGGCGCAGUAAACAGAGAUUUCCAGGGUGGUUAAAAGAGGUCAACUUUAGAAUCUAUCACUGUCUCACUGCUGCUGUUUGUGUUAUUCUGAAUGAUAACUGGUACGAAUGAGGCCGUGCAGAGUAUACAGAAGAAAUGUUUUAAGGGCAGACCUUCCCAUGGCAUCAGAGUGUUCCAGGUUUCUUGAUUAUCUUGCUAAAGGAUGUAUUUUUGUUCAAUUCAAAGUAUCUUCAGUCCAAGUUUGCUAUUGGUUUCCUACGUGUUUUACAGAAUUAUGCCAUAUAGCAAAUAGUUGUUUCGCGGUGGUGUUUUGUUCUUUGGUUUUUUUAAUGAUUUACUUUUAUCUUCUAUCUGAAAGAUAUGAAUUUGUAUCUGGAUGUCAUUUGUGACAGAUGAAAGGUUUAUGUAGCCUAAGCUGUAUUCGUUUUAAAAACUUGCAAUUCUAACUCUAGAAAUGCGUAUUUAUUUGGAAAAUAUGCAUUCCAUACACUUGCAUUCAGAUUGAUUCCCACAGAUAGUCCUGUCUCACUUUGUGAGUAAGGAAGCUAAAUCUAACUCAGGUAGGAUUUGUAUUAGCAGUUAUUUUAUACCCUUUUAUCCUGAAAUGCGUGUAACACUACAUCCAGGUUUGUUACCUAAUGUGGCUGAGUUACCUGUGGUACAUAUGCUGUAUUAAUGAAGCAUCUGGAAAGUGUUGUAGUAGGGUCUGUCACCAAACAGUGGACCCAUUGUGCAAGGAUAGGAACGAAGAGCAGGAUAAACACUGCAAUUCCGUUCAUUGCAUUUGCAUUGGCAUGAAACCUGAAAAAAAAAGCCCUUGCAAUUAACAUUUCAGAGCAUGCAGAUACAUUUUCUACCCCUUUGUUGAAUCAUUCAAUGAGUGGUGCUCAAACUUCUUUCUUUUUUUUAUACUUUGUUCCAUUGAUAAGUGUGCACUGAAUGCAUGGAUAGGAUAGUUGCAGCUAACUGAGUAAAAUGGUCUUGGAUAUUUCUCACCUAUAGAUGUUUGUUUUGCAGCAUCGUGCUGCGAUUGACCUUCACUGACCAUUAGUUCCAAAGUUCAAAGGCUAUUUCCAGGUCAUCCCGAGAGAAAUGUGAUUUCUUCCUUUCCAAGUUGCGUGUUAAUGUUUUUUAUUCCUCUUUUCCAUACGUAACUUUGGUUUUAGAUUUCAUACGCUCUUAUCUGAAGGCUGUCAAUGGAAUACGUAUUGUUUUGAAACCCACUGAUGUUUUUUCCUCUGCAUAGCCUUAUUUCUCAUGCUGACUCACAGCUGUGGAAUGUUAGAUUUCUAGACCCUUUGUUCCCACUAUGCAUUGUUCAUGAUCACUUUUAAAAAGAAAAAAAAAAAAGCUUGGUUCUGAAAAUGUCAGUUAACAAAAUAGUAUGUAGAACUUUGAAUAAUGUAUUGUGUUUUUUGUUGUGUUUUUUUUUCUCUGUUUAAUCAACCAAACAAUAAGUAUUGUUUUCUGUGUAUGAUAAAUGUAUCCUGCAAAGAAAUUCAUUGUUUGAUUGUUAAUGUGCUUCAAUCUGGUUUUAAAAAUAAGGUAAAAUGACUUAAUUCUUUA